AUGGCAGCCUCACUCCCACUCGAGCUUCUGGCUGAGGUCGCAGGCUAUCUCAAAAAUGAAGGCACUUCGCUAGUUGCAUGUACAGCCGUCUGCCGUCACUGGCAGGCUGCGUUUGAGCCGAUCAUCUACUCCAAAUUGAAUGUUUACAGUGAGGACGGCAUCAACGGGGAAGGGGAGUUCCGUGGGAUUAGCCUCAAACAAUUCCAGGCACUCACUGCUGGGCCAGGAAUCGCACGACGAGCGUGGGUUCGUCAGCUGUGGUACCAUAUCGUUGUCCCCUUUGCCCUCCCCGACUGGAUGUCACGUAAGGAGGGCGAUUAUAGCGCCGAUAAUGCUGUUCGACGGGCAAAUGACACUGCCUUUCAGUCAGCAGUCAUCGAUCUUUUUAAGACACUAGAGUCAUGGGAUAAGAGUCAUCGUCUGUCUGUCUAUCCGGUACUCCUAGGGCGUGAGCCAGGCCAGGAGCCGUCUACAGAAGAGGAUGACGAGGCUGGACUGUAUAACUGGAAUACCGCAGAUUUCGGCGUACGGCCUGUUCCUGUGUAUCGCGCGCGAUUCCAUGAUAAUGGUGCAGCAAUGCUACACGAUGUUUCAUGUAUUGAUAAACUAUCGUUUCAUGGCACUAUAGAGUCACCACGCUAUCACCAGAUAUGGGCUGGAGCAGCUAUGCAGAUUGCUCAGCACUGUCCGACACUCACAGAACUAUGGUUGAACUUGGAUGAGUAUAUCAGACCAGAUCAUCUGGAAUACAUAAAGGAACGGCGUCAAGCUGUGUCUGAAGGUCUGAAAGGCAUUUCUUCCACAUUAAGGGUCUUCCGGUUUGAAAAUCAACAUGAGAGCAAUUGGAAGGAGACCAUGCCCGCCUUGAAUGUUCUAUCUUCAAGCGUAGAUUUCCUAUCCAUCAGCAUUCGAGAUCUGAGUCUUUCCCUUCGUGAGCUGACACUGGAUCAAGUCCCUCUUUAUUUGGAUUUUCUGUGGCCUCUGGAUGAGAAAGACCAUUCACUACCGGGUGAAUGGAUCGUCCGCCCUACUCCAGAGGAUGAAGCCAUGAUCGCAGCGAUCGAUGACUGGGAGGCAGAAAUCUGCGACUGUGAAAGAGGAUUCAUCGAGCGACCCAUCCUCGACCAAGAGCAGUUCCAUCGACUAUUCAUCUCUUUGGGUUACGCUGCAAGGCAUAUGCCUCGCUUGAGGGCCAUCAACUUCGAUCUCAAUCACACUCACAGUUUCGAAUUCAGGUUCUCAAACAAGAUAGGCACGAUCUGCGCCGAGUGGGAGCUAUGGGACCCCGAUUCAUAUAGACCUGAUGAUCGGGUUGUUGCCGCCUGGGGCUUUUCCCGCAAUGAUCUGGUCGUCACAAGUUGGGGUUACCAGCUUGUCGCAACUGAUGACACUGGCUGGCAGAUGAAGGGUAUAUGUGAUUCUUAA